AUGGGGGGAGAACCAUAUGCAGAUAGAAUAUUGAGAGAUAAAAUGUCAGAGUGUAAUAAGAACUACAACAGAAAUAUCGAUGGGAGAAUGUUCCACUUGAGGACGAAAAGAAAAAUCAUUUAUACUAUUCUAGCAUGUGUUCCAUUUGCCUUGUUACACUUUAUCAUCAAUAGCAAAUUUGCUGAUAAAGACAAAAAGUCCUUUUUCGUGAAAGAUACAAGCAAAGAAGAUUCGUACGAAGAUUUAAACAACGUCAAUCGCGAAGAAUUGUAUUAUAGGGUUAUGCGUGAAGCAGAAGUGGCAUUUCAGGCCCAAAACUUGAACUUGACAGUGAAAUCUUUUUAUAAUGAUAUUUUUCAAUUAAGCGACAGCAGAGUUAAAUUCUAUAGACGCAAAAACUAUGACGAAGUUGAAAAAUCAUUAGUAAACGAGAGCAGAGUUGAAGAUUCGUUCCUAAAAUAUUUCCCGAUGUCUCCAGAAGACGCAAUCCGUAGGUUUGGGAGUAAAUUACCAUACUGGGAGAAAUAUGAAAUUCUAAACUAUCCAAAAGUAUAUUACCUCGGAUUGAAUGCCAACAAAACUCAAUUGAAAGAAGACGGCAAAAACAAUUUUGGAUUUGAUUUUGAUACAUUGGUUGAAAACGAAUCUGAGGGAAAUUAUGACGUCAGUGGUCACUAUAAAAUGGUCCCUGGUGAUCAUAUCGGUUACAGAUAUGAAAUUAUCAAAUACGUUGAUACUGGCUAUUAUUGCGAUGUUGUUGUAGCAAGAGACUGGUCAAAUCCAAUUUUAAAAAAUGUUGCCAUUAAAAUCAUGCGUGUUAGAGGUCACAGCACCCUUAGACCUUUCUGGCAAGAAGUAGGUAUGCUGCAGUAUCUCAAUACCCAUGCUUCCAAUUUGGAUUAUUUUACACGCAUGUUGGCAACCUUCGAAUUUCGCAACCAUCCCUGUAUAGUUUUUGAAUUGCUGGGAGGAACUAUUGAUUUAAAAUAUUUGAAACACUCCGUGCGAAACACAACAUUGAUACGAAGAUAUGCAAGUGAUGCUUUGCACGGUUUGCGUAUUCUCAACAAAAUCGGCGUGUUGCACGGAGAUUUUAAACUGCAUAACCUGAUGUAUAUUCAUGGAAAAAAUAAUGAAAGCAAUGGACAAUUGAUAAAAAUAGGGGAUUUUGGAGGAAGCUGCGUUGUUGGUCAACCAAAAUGUGGAAUUCGGUAUUACUUUAUUACUCGAGCCUAUCGUGCUCCUGAAAUAAUUUUCAACCUUCAACACACAACUCAGAUUGACAUGUUCAGUUUUGGAGUUUGGCUGGCAGAACUGUUUUUGGGUCAGCCCCCAUUUUAUGGUGAAGAUAAUGAGGAAGAUCAUUUAGGAGCAAUGAUGGAAGUACUCGGGCUUCCUCCAAGUCAUAUGAUUGCAAAGUCACCUAGGAAGCAUAUAUACUGGGAUGCCUUUCGACACAAAAUUCACGAUAAAGGAACGUAUCGAAGGCCUUAUAGUAGACCAUUGUUGAAAGUUUUGGAAGGAAUGGACUUCGUGUUAAUUGACCUGAUUUGCAGAUGCCUCGAAUGGGACCCUAACCUACGCAUAACACCUGAAGAAGCACUUCGUCAUCCUUCUAUGACUGGAGUAGAGAAAGAUUUGGAAGAAUAUCCAAUAGUCAUCCAACGAUUUCUAGGGAAAAUUUAAUGUUGAAACUUGGUAAACGAAAUUCACAGCAGACGGAGGUGAAUCGCCGCUCAGUGCGCUGGGAUUCCAGAUUCAGAUAUUUAUUUUCGUCAUGCAAAAACAAUGUGCGAUAUGAAAAAUGAAUAAAUAAUAUAAUGUAACAAAAUGAUGAUCGGAUAUCGGCUUGUUGCAGUUGAGGCGGGGUCGCGAAAAGACUCAGAGCGUCAUCUAAUCAGCUGCUUUUUAAAAGUAUCGGUAAAGAGUUUUAGCCUAGUUUAUCACAGCUAUUUCCACACUAAUUUUUACAUGUUUUGUGUAUGAAAUAUAUAAUUUUGCAAUGAAUAAUAAUUGCUUCCACAUCGGACCAGUGGGGAUUGGCAGGACAAAGUUAGAUGGUGUGAUAGUUGCCAUACUAAGGACAGGUAAUUGAUUUCUGUUUAGAAUGUUCAAUUGGUCACAAGAAGCGACAUUUGAUUUAAUCAAUGCCGCUAAGAUGGUAAAGUUAGUGGAAAAAAGCGACAGUAC